CACUCGGGUGGUACAGCACAUGAUAUAGUAAAGCUUGGAUGCCUCUAACUUCCGAUAGCUGAUCAUAAUGCCCAUGUGUAUUUCCUUUCCUUCCCUCCUUUUCUUCUCACGUCUCUCCCUUCACUUCCCUCGUCAUGACCAGUCCGCGGGAAGUUUUCAAACGCGCGUCAUUCCUCCCCGCAUUAUCGUCCAUGGAUUGACCGUGGACAAACCGAACUCGACGCGCUGAGACAGCCUUUCAGGCUCUGGGAUCGAUUCAAUCUGGGCUGUCUGCGCCGAACCAAUAUCCUUUUGCGUAAACCCUCAUCGACGGCGCUCAGAGGGAGUGAGCCGCUCGCCAUCGCAUGUAACGUUCUCUGUCGGUGAUGCUGCCUGAAGUUAUUUGUGUCACACAACCACACGAUCUCCAUCCCAUUCUACUACCGUGCAUCUGUGCUUGGCACUGUACAUGCAGCACUUCGCUGCGAGGCCGGGACUAUCCCCCGCAAAGUGAGGUAGAACAUAGCAUCGCAUCGCUCCUGCCCGCAAGUCGGGCGCGAAAACGGUGAACGCGGAGCUGCGCUUUCCUUCCAGCGGGGGAGCUGAUGUUGUUUCUCGGGAAGGGAUCACAAGCUCGUGUUAUGAUGGGCCUGCAAGUGGCUGAAUUGAAGGUGGUCCCUUGAUGAUCGGUGAUUGAUCGAUUGAUAAUUGAAUUGGCCCCGGGCUACAAACCCUCUCCUCCUGUCAAAAAAGUCUCACCGUCUCGGAGCCGCUACGGCGCAGUCAUCGCGCAGUGUUCCAAAACCCGGCGCAGUCAGGAGUGAGCUCAUGGAGACUUUAUAAACAGCUUUUCCUGGUGGCAUGAAGUGAGUCACCCGCGUUUUUUCUACACAGCCCGCCCCUCAUCAUGAGCACAGAAACAGCCCCUAUUCUAUCCGUUGCGCCGCCUGCGUACACGCCCUCCACACGCGCCCCAUCCUACUCUUACGCGUUGCGAGACAACGAACGCCUCGUGGCCCAGUCCCCGCGACACAAGGCCCGUCCCGCCGGUUCCUUCGUCAAGAAAUCGGCCCGCGCCACGGUCGCUCUGAGCGAGCAAGAUCCUGGUGCAGCCGUUCCGACGUACGGACGCGAGGGCACCGUUGCGGGCUUUGUUGAACUGCAAGACAGGGAGCUGGUGACUGCUGUCGUUCUCCAGAUCCAGGGCAAGGUGACGGUCGGCGAUGCUGACGCCACUGCGAUCGAACACGAACACGUCUUUCUUGAGCACUCCGUCGAUCUCUGGACUACGCAGACGGCGAGCACUGGGUCUUCGCCCCCCAGCCAACUCGCAUUCGCAUACACUCUGCCUGCUACAUUCAUGGUCAACGACACCAAGCGACUGCUUCCGCCGUCGUACACCUCUCUCCACACCUCCAUCGUCUACACGCUCUCGGUGACCGUCACCCGUGCCCGAGCGCGCAAGUUCUUCCUCUGCACACCCAAGAACAAUAUCGCGAUUCGCUUCGACUACCGGCCGCGCACUCGCGCAGGAGCAGCCAUCUGCCCGUCCGCUCCUGGCUCAUUCCUGCAGGACCUCAAGGCGAUGCCGGACGAAUGGCGCCAGCACACGCACCACGUCCCAGCGCGGCCCAAGUCCGGCGUGGCUCCGCUCAAUCUGCAGAUGUACGUCCCUGCGAUGGGCGUCUUCGCGCUAGACGAGCGGAUUCCGUUCCAUCUGCAGCUUGCGGGGCCGGCCGCGUCGCUGCGCGAGUUCUACUGUGCCGAUGCGCGCAAAGAGCGGUUGCUUGUCGAGGUGGCGGUCGUCCGACAGACAUUGGUGACGAUCAAGUCCAUGCCGAUGUUCCAAUCCCGGUCUGUGAUCGGCCGCGCUGAUCUGGUGGCUCUGCCUCCUGGUACUGGGGACACCGACCAAGUGUCGGACUGUGCAAGUCUUGACUGGUCUGGAGAUCUGCGGGUGAAGUCUGGAGGGGAUUCGGGCUCGUUCGAUGCUGGCAUUGUGAAGGUGCAGGAUUUCCUCGUCGUUGAUAUCAUCCCCGUCGCUGGACCAAAGGCGCAUUUCGAUCGAAUCCGCCACUCGUAUCCUAUCCGACUUGCCACCGAUUCUUAUGACACGUAGCGUCUCUCUCUGAGUCCAGUGUCUGAACGUCGUUCAAGAGAACAAAAUUUGCAAUGUGGAUUCGUUCAAGUAUCUUUGUUCAAUCCCAUCACUGCUUUGCGCGUCAAGAAUCCAGCUUGGCUGCAAUAUAGCGCUCGCUCGAGACACAUUCGGACACAGUGCUGCCGCUGGCAGGUGUCCGUCAUUUGUGGCCAGAUUGAGCUUUGUGUAUACUUAUAUCUUGGUCUGCAACUCGAUCUCGAAUGUCCCUACGACAUCCCAUACCACUCCUUACUUCUUAUUUUCCUCCUUACUGUCCUCCCUAUCAACGAGUAUCUCGAAUGCAAUCCAGAUCGUGUCUACGCACUAGGCGCCCAGAUUCUC